AUGUAUGUAAACGUUAUAGCACGAGUAUGCUCAUUACAUUUUGAUUCAUCUGAUUAUGAAAAACCAAUGAUUCAAAGAAUGUUAAAAUAUUCUCCUAAACAUCAACGAAAACUUAAACCCAAUGCUGUACCAUCAAAAAAUUUGCCCAGAAUUCAAAAACCAACAAUUAAAUGUAAGCCUGUAAAUACACAUACACCACACUCUACACAUGAUGGUUUAUUCCAAGCUAGUUUUCAAAGUUCUAAAUUACCUAAAGAAAAAAAUGAUCCAUUUACUUCAAAUAAUAAUAAUAAUUGUUUGAAUGAUCUACCUGAUUUUGGAGUACAAUUAUUAAGUGAAACACAAGAUGUUGGUAUUCAGUGUGAAAUAGGUAUGGUGUAUUCUAGACUUCCAGUGGAAAGAGCUGAUGUUAGUACACAGUGUGGUAAUGAUUUGAAUGAAGUUGAGAAGUAUGAAAAAAAUACAAAUAAUUAUUAA